AGCGGAAGUCGACGCGCACGCUUCCGGGUCACGCGGCGCGCGACGCCGAGAGUCAUGUGACGCCAAGAUGGCGGCGCCGCGGUCGUUUGCUCCGGGUUGUGGUGUCCGAAGAGCCGCGACGGUUUCUACCCUCGGGCCGUAGGGGCCGCCACGCUGGGCUGGUCCGUGCGGCUGCCUGUAGCCCCGCGUCGGGCACCCGUUCCGGGCGGGGGGCGCUGCCAUCGCGGUUGGGUUCUUGGGAGCGCCCGUGACCUCGCUGCAGGUGCCCUGCGCCGGCCGCCGUCGCCGGAGGAGAAGAGCAGCCGUCCCCCUGGGUCUUCCCGACCCGCGGAGUUCAUGAGGCCUCCGAGGGCCCUCGAGGAGCCACAGCUCUGAAGGGCUGCAGGCGUUCGAGGCUUCAGGUGUGUGACAGGCAGCCUCGGACCCCUGAGGGCGCAAAGAAGACCGCAGGGACUUUACUUCCUCUUCCAGAGGCCUGGCUUCCACGCGUUGGCUACUCCCGCAUUGUCUCCCACUUCCUUUCAAUGUUCUCGCCAUACAUCUGGAAAUAUGAUCAGCGCCCCUGACGUGGUGGCCUUCACCAGAGAGGACGAGUACGAGGAGGAGCCUUACAAUGAGCCAGCCCUACCCGAGGAGUACUCGGUGCCCCUCUACCCCUUCGCCAGCCAAGGAGCCAAUCCAUGGUCCAGACUGUCCGGGGCCAAGUUCUCUCGAGACUUCAUCCUUAUUUCCGAGUUCUCUGAACAGGUGGGACCCCAGCCCUUACUGACCAUCCCCAAUGACAGCAAAGUUUUUGGUACUUUUGAUCUCAAUUACUUCUCGUUGCGGAUCAUGUCUGUGGAUUACCAGGCCUCCUUCGUGGGCCACCCCCCUGGUUCUGCCUACCCCAAGCUGAACUUCGUAGAGGACUCCAAGGUCGUGCUGGGAGACUCCAAGGAGGGAGCCUUUGCCUAUGUGCACCACCUUACCCUGUAUGACCUGGAGGCCCGUGGCUUUGUGCGGCCCUUCUGCAUGGCUUACAUCUCAGCCGACCAGCACAAGAUCAUGCAGCAGUUCCAGGAGCUUUCAGCUGAGUUUUCCAAAGCUUCAGAGUGCUUGAAAACAGGUAACAGGAAGGCAUUUGCUGGGGAACUUGAAAAAAAACUGAAAGACUUGGAUUACACCCGGACCGUGCUGCACACCGAGACGGAGGUCCAGAAGAAAGCCAACGACAAAGGCUUUUACUCAUCGCAGGCCAUUGAGAAAGCCAACGAGCUGGCCAGCGUGGAGAAGUCCAUCAUUGAGCACCAAGACCUGCUGGAGCAGAUCCGCUCGUACCCUCGUCGGAAGUUGAAGGGCUCCGAUUCGAGUCCUGGGGAGACGGGGCACACCCAGGGUCAGCCCAGCCAGGCAGCCACUCCCUCUGACCCUGACGAGCCCGCCGACGCAAACCAUUUCGCCUGCAGACCCGCCUACACCCCGAAACUCAUCAAAGCAAAGUCUACCAAGUGUUUUGACAAGAAGCUGAAGACCCUGGAAGAGCUCUGUGACACCGAAUACUUCACCCAGACCCUGGCUCAGCUCAGCCACGUCGAGCACAUGUUCAGAGGAGACCUCUGCUACCUCCUGACCAGCCAGAUCGACAGAGCGCUCCUGAAGCAGCAGCGCAUCACAAACUUCCUCUUUGAAGACUUCGUGGAGGUCGAUGGCAGGGCAGUAGAGGAGCAGGAGAGCACCCCCCCGAAGCCCAGUCAGGACAGGCCGCCCUCCAGGGCUCUGGAAGAGUGUCCCGUUCCUCAAGUGUUAGUUACCGUGGGCUCCUACAGGUCCAGCGUGGAGUCUGUGCUGAUCAAGAUGGAGCAGGAGCUCGCGGAGGAGUACAGGGAGGCGGAGGCGGCAGAAUCGAGCAGUUUUGACCCCCAGGAGAACUUGGACUACCUGGAUCUGGACAUGAAAGGGAGCGUCAGCAGCGGGGAGAGCAUUGAGGUCCUGGGCGCGGAGAAGCCCGGCUCUGUGCUGUCCACGUCUGACAGCCAGGCCAGCCUCACGGUGCCCUUGAGCCCCCGGGUGGUCCGGAGCAAGGCGGUCAGCCAUAGGACCAUCAGCGAGGACAGCAUUGAAGUCCUGAGCACCUGCCCCUCGGAGGCCCUCAUCCCCGACGACUUUAAGGCCAGCUACCCAAGUGCCAUUAACGAAGAAGAGUCGUGUGCAGACGACGGCGAGGGAGCCAUCCGCUUCCAGGCAGGCGCCAGCCCGCCGGAGCUGGGAGAGGCCGAGGAGGGCAGCUCGGAAGACACGCUGUUACAGACAGACGCCUGCUGCAUCGGGAAGGAGAGCGGCGGGCUGCAGGUGCCACUCUCCACACCCGUCUCCGCGCUGUCCGACGAGGACGAGGUGGUGAGCGUCCCGCCGCAGCGCUACAGGCAGAAGGACCAGAGCUUUCACGUGGACUUUGCGGUGGAAAACGCCAGCCCUUCCUCCCAAGACAACAGCUCCGAAGGCUUCCCGGCUUACGAGCUGGACCCGAGCCACCUGCUGGCCAGCCGGGAUGGCAGCAAGACCAGCCUGGACGACUGCUCUGAUGCCACCAGCUACGUGAGCAGCGUGGCCUCCGCCAGCUCGGACAGGACUCCCUCGGCUCAUGCCACCGGCCCGUCUUCCGAGAGGCAUAAGAAGAGGGCUGGCCAGAAUGCCUUAAAGUUCAUCCGCCAGUACCCCUUUGCCCACCCAGCCAUCUACUCCCUGCUCAGCGGGAGGACGCUCGUGGUCCUGGGGGAGGACGAAGCCACAGUCAGGAAGCUUGUGACAGCGCUGUCCAUCUUUGUCCCCAACUACGGCCGCUGUGCCAAACCUGUGAAGCACUGGGUCUCCUCUCCUCUGCACAUCACGGAUUUUCAGAAGUGGAAGCUGAUCGGCCUGCAGAGGGUGGCGUCCCCUGCCGGCGCCGGCACCCUCCACGCCCUGAGCCGCUACAGCCGCUACACGAGCAUCCUGGACCUGGACCGGAAGACGCUGCGCUGCCCCCUGUACAGGGGCGCCCUGCUGCCACGGCUGGCGGACCACCGCACCCACAUCAGGCGGGGCGGCACCUACUACCUGCACGUGCAGAGCCUGCUCACGCAGCUGUGCGCCAAGGCCUUCCUCUUCGCCUUCUGCCACCACCUGCACCUGCCCGCCCACGACAGGGAGGCCAUAGAGCAGGCCGCCAGCCGCCAGGCCAGCUUCUUGCAGUUUAACCUGGGGCUGGUGAAUGAAGACGCCAAGGUGGUCCGGCACCUGGCCGAGCUGCUGAGGCUGCACUACACGCGGGAGCCCUCCGGCACCAGCCAGCCUGCGCUCAGGUUCGACUACGUCCCCAGCUUUCUGUACAAGAUCUGAGGAAGGCCCGCAGAGUCCAGCCCGAGCGCCAGGGCUGCUGAGGGUCCUGCACGCGCUCCCGCCAGUGCCGGAUGCACGCACCCACCUCCCCGGCCUGACGGCGCCUGGCCCAUCAGCUUCUCCACGUGUCCACGACGCUGCUGCCACCGCCACCUCAUCUGCGCAGGCGGGAGCCCUCGCCGAUGGGGAUCCAUCCGUCCCCAAGCCAGCGUCAGGUGUCACCUCCCAUCUCCCCAGAGGCUCAAGAAAGUGCCUUGGUUCCUGCUUUGAGGCAAACCAGCUCGCUUCCUGGCUUCUCCCUCAUACUGUGAUAGAAACGGAUCCCACUGGAGUCAGAGAUGCUGUUAUCAGCCUGCAGAAGAGGAAAGCAGCACACCCGCCGCUGGUCGGAAGCAAGACCAGUCUCAGCCAAGCUUGGAGCCCAGGGGCCGCGCUGGUUCCCCCACCCCCGUGAGCACCGACCCGACCGGAUCUGGCCUCACCUGUUCAGCGGGAAGCAGCGAGGCAGGGUGGUGGCUGCAGGCUGCGAUGUGGCUUGGGGGGUGCCCCUUUGUCUCCCUGGGGAGAGCCGAGGCCCUGAGUGUGAGGCCAAGCAGCACAAGGACUGCCCAUGACAGCUGCCGCCGUGGAGGCUACACGGAGCAGCGGAGUGUGAGGGGCCAAGCAUCCUUUUGUGAAAAGCCGUUGUGUCACUGCACGUCCCCUGUCGUGUGUGUGGGGUCCCACCAGGCCAGCUGUCUCCCGGUGGGGCCGCCCCAAGUUUAACCAGAGUCAUGCCAGACAAAUAGUAUGAGAAGCGUACUUUUUAAAAAAUUAAUUUAUUUCAGUUGAGAUAUUUUUGAAAUAUAAAAAUUGGUUGUAUUUUUAAAGCUAUCAUUCUUGUAGAUCCGUGGUUAAAAAUUUGACUGUGCUCAUUAAAAAUGGUCAUCUAUG